UAAAGAAUAAUUUUUAAUAUUGAAAAGAAAAACAGUGUUUUUUGUUUUUUAAUAAAACCAUAAAUAAAAACAAAAUAAAAAAAAACAUAAUUAAUACAAUAUGUAAAGAUGAGUGCAUCACAAGCUGUUACAAUUAAUAGUGGAUCUUGUAAUCCAACAGUUGGUAGCGGGAAUAUUGGAGUUGGAGGUGUUAUUAAUGAUAAGGAAAAUGGUACAAUGACAACAACAACAAACACAUCAAAUGGAAAAACUGGACCACCAAAUGGCCCACCACCAAUACCACCUACAAAACCAAUAUUAUCAUCACCUGGUUCAUAUAAACAAAAUUUUGUUAAUACCAAUAAUACUAAUUUAUUUGGUACUAUAGGUUCUAUCAAUAAUACAACACCAUUAGUAACGGCUGGAAUACAUAGCGUUAAUAAAUCAUCGCAUAGUGGAGGAGGAUCAGGUGAUAAACCAGCUAUAGCAGCAAGACCAAUACCACCACCAACUUUACCAAAAUAUUCAUCAUCAUUUGGUAAAAUUGAUCGUGAUAGAAAUGAAUUUAAAAUAGAUAGGGCUGAUAGAGAAAAGGAUAAAAUUGGUGGGUCAUAUCGUCUUGCAAGUUUAGAUCGGUUAGCAUCUCGUCAACGUCUUCUUGAACAAAAUGGUGGUUUAGGUAAUACCGCAAUAACUUUUAAUAAUGAAAACAAUGAUAAUGCUAUAAAUCAGCAACAUAAUAAUAAUAUUCCUUCUAAUACUCGAAAUUUAAUAAUUAAUGAUAAUAAUGGUAUAGAUUCCUCUACAAAUUCAUCAAAAUCAUCUCUAACAUCUUCAUUAAUAAAUAAUAGUGAACAUCACAAUACUUUAAGUGGAUUGAAUAACACAACGAAAAAUACGUCAAUUCGAACGACAACUGCAAGUAACGGAGUUUUAAACUCUGUAAAAUUUACAACAGUUAGGUCGUCUACUACUACAACGCUUCAAAAUAAGCGUGAGAUGUUUUUUAAAUCUGACUCUCAUGGCAGCCCGUCAGGACCUCCACCGAAUCCACCAAUACCAAAUAGUCACGUAAAUAGUAAUUCAACAUCACAGAAUAGUACGCCAACAAAUGAAAAGCACCAAAAUAUUCAAGGGUCACAAAUAAUGAAUAAUUCAACAAUUGCUCCAGUACUGAAUGGUACAACUACUCAUAAUAGUAAUAUUACGAAUGGAAUUAAUGGCACUACACCUAACGUCAGUGCAAUAACAAAUAAUUUAAAUAAUUUGUCAUUUAAAGAAAAACAACAACAAUUAUUGAUAAAUAAUGAUGGUCAUUCUGACUCAAAUAAAAUUGCAAAUGAUCGUUAUGUUGAUAAAGAAAAACAAAUUGUAAGACCGAAACCAAAGGAAUUAGAUGGUUAUGUAGGAUUCGCAAAUCUUCCAAAUCAAGUUUAUCGUAAGGCAGUUAAAAAAGGUUUCGAAUUUACGUUAAUGGUAGUAGGAGAAAGCGGCUUGGGUAAAUCAACUUUAAUAAAUUCAAUGUUUUUAUCUGAUAUAUAUAACCAAGAUCAAUAUCCUGGGCCAUCACUACGUAUUAAAAAAACGGUUGCAGUUGAAUCUACUAAAGUUCUAUUAAAGGAAAAUGGUGUAAAUUUAUCAUUAACAGUAGUGGACACACCCGGUUUCGGUGAUGCCGUUGACAACAGCAACUGCUGGGUUCCAAUAAUUGAUUUUAUCGAAAGUAAAUAUGAAGAAUAUUUAACUGCGGAAUCUCGUGUUCAUCGAAAAGCAACCCCAGAUAACCGUGUUCAUUUAUGUUUAUAUUUUAUAGCGCCAUCUGGACAUGGUUUAAAACCGUUAGAUGUUGAAUUUAUGCAAAGAUUAUGCGAUAAAGUCAAUAUAAUACCAGUAAUUGCUAAAGCAGAUACAAUGACACCUGAAGAGGUGCAAUUGUUUAAGAAACAAAUAUUAAAUGAAAUUGCUCAACAUAAAAUAAAAAUUUAUGAUUUUCCUGAACCUCUAGAAGACGAAGAAGAAGCCAAAGUUUUAAAAACACUAAAAAAUCGUGUUCCAUUCGCGAUUGUUGGUGCUAAUACAGUAAUUGAAGUUGAUGGUAAAAAAAUACGUGGUAGACGAUAUCCAUGGGGCAUAGCUGAAGUUGAAAAUUUGGAACACUGUGACUUCAUUGCAUUAAGAAAUAUGGUCAUAAGGACACAUUUGCAAGACUUAAAAGAUGUCACAAAUAGCGUACAUUAUGAAAACUAUAGGUGCAGGAAGUUGGCAGGACUUGGUAAUGAUGGAAAAACAAGAAUGUCGAAUAAUUUAUGCCCUCAAGGAAUAAUGAAUAGCUUUAUGACUGUUUGGAAUCCCCUUGCUCAAAUGGAAGAAGAAAAACGAGAACAUGACUUAAAAAUGAAAAAAAUGGAAGCAGAAAUGGAACAGGUUUUCGAAAUGAAAGUAAAAGAGAAAAAACAAAAAUUAAAGGAUUCUGAAUUAGAGUUAACAAGACGACAUGAAGAACGAAAGAAGGCACUUGACUCACAAUUACGUGAACUUGAAGAAAGACGACGAGCUUUUGAACAAGAAAAGAAAGAAUGGGAAGAGUCAAAUAAUAUUACAUUGGAUGAACUGCGAAGACGAAGUUUAGAAGCAAAUAGUAAAGAGACGGCUUCAAUGUCAUCAAGAAAUUCUGAUGAAUCGAAAGGGCGUCGUGUUUUUGGAUCAUUGCUGCGUCGUCACACAAGUUUUGGUGCACCUGAUGGUCAACGAGGUCCACCAACAACGACACCAUCAAAUCUUGGACCAAACAAUUCAAAUUCAUUACCCCCAGCACAUUAACUGUUGAUGGCAAAGAGAAAAAAGACAAGAAAAAGAAAGGCUUAUUCUAACGCUAAAAUUCACGGCAAUAAAAUUUAUAUUGUAGAAGAUGCAAAAAUUAAAAAUUUACUUAAAAAUUUUUUUCAAAAUGUGCAUAUAUAUAUAUAUAUAAUAUAUGUAUAUAUUAAUUAUAUGUAUAUAAAUAUAUAUUAAUUUAUAUAUGUAAGCAAAAAACGAAAAAAAAAAAACAAAAAAAUAAUUUUUUUUGAAAUCUUUUUCAUAAAUUGAUCACAGACUUUGUUUUGCACAAUAAUUUUUUAAUUUUAAGAAAAUGUUAGGAGUUCUGCAUAAAAAUUAAUUAAAUUUAUAUAGAUUUUAUUACAAAAACAAUUAUAAUUGAUAAUGUUAUAUCGAUCAUUUAUUUUAUAGUUCAGAAGAAGAUUUAUUUAUGUAUUUAGUUCAGAAAAAACACACAAUCAGAUAUCAAAAGAAAUUGAAA